CUGCAAUCCUGAUACUGACGAGCAACUGUUAAAUUCGCGUCGGACUUGGCGUUAAGAGGAGUGUGUCUUCUGUGCAAGACGAAACCGUUAUCAAGUAGUGUCUCGUCUGCGCAAGGCGAAUCUCUUACCAUGUCAGUUGGUGCAUCGACUCAUGCCAAAAGUUACAUUGGGAAGCGGCUGUCAGAUGUCCCCACACCAGCAUUCAUUGUGGAUAAGCAAAUAGUUGUAAACAACUGUCAGAACAUUCUAAAAAAAUGUGCAGAACUCGGUAUUAAGCUCCGACCUCAUGUGAAAACUCACAAGACUGAAGAAGCAGCACUGCUCGAGACUGGUGGUCAGAAGAAAUGUAUCACCGUCUCAACAUUCAGAGAGGCAGAAUUCUUCACAGACUGUGGUUGGGAUGAUAUUCUACUGGCAAUCCCUCUUGCACCUUUCAACAUUGGUCGUGCCAAGUCACUAGCAGAUCGUAUCUCAACCUUUCACUUGCUGGUCGACAAUGUUGAUUCUGCAACAGCAUUGGCCAAAUCACCAAUACCUGCCGGCAAAGCUUCAUGGUCAGUUUUCAUCAAGGUUGAUACAGGAUGUGCAAGAGCUGGUGUUCAGUGGUCUGAUACAGAAAUGGCUGUAGCGAUAUGUAAAGCCCUUCAGCCAUCAGUGAAGCUUCAGGGAUUGUAUGCUUACUGUGGAGAUUCAUAUCGCACGAGCUCACCGACAGAGGUGUCAGCUGUGCGCAAUCAUGCAGCUGAGCGUGUAGUGAAACUUAGUGAGGAGCUUGCGCAGAGGGGUUUUGCAUGCCCAAUCAUUUCUAUUGGAUCCACACCAUCGAUGAGUGCCAGUGUAAAUGCUGAAGACCACAAAGUACUGCAGAAGCUUAACGAGGCACAUGUAGGGAAUUACGUAUUCUAUGAUCUUCAGCAGGCAUCUCUGUAUUCAUGUUCCUUGGAUGAUGUGGCUUGUAGGGUUAUGACUCGUGUUAUUGGUCAUUACCCACAUCGAAAACAGAUGCUUAUUGAUUGUGGAUUCACUGGGCUAACCAAACAAGGACUGAAUGCUAAUAAAUUUGUUGCAGGAUAUGCCCUAUUUGAGAAUCAUCCAAAUCUAAAGCUUAUUGAAAUGUCACAAGAAUUGGGCCAAGUUGAAGGUGUUGAUGGUAACCUAGAUUUCGAUCGAUACCCAAUUGGAACUGAACUGUUCCUGUACCCUUUCCAUGUGUGUGCUACAGCAGCUCAAUAUCCUGUUUAUUACAUUCACAAAGAUGGUCUUGUCGAAGAGGAAUGGAAACCUAUUAGAGGAUGGUAGCUCCGAAUAUGAUUUUUAGUAUUGUUAGUUAAAGAGCUUCUGUAAAGUAUUUUGUGCCUGUAGUUAAUUAUACCCAAUCAAGCAAAAAUGCUCAGAAUAAAAUAUUUGUUAUCUGAUUA